UGUACUUCAAACACAUACCAUCACAAGCUAUAUCCCGACCCUCUCUCAUAAUUUUCCAACAUAGAAAUUUGUUUAAAAUUCUUUUUUUUUUUGGUUUUUUGAGAUUAGGGUUUUUGAUGGAUCGCGUAGGGAAAUUGGCAUCGCAGAAGGCGGUGGUGAUCUUCAGCAAGAGUUCGUGUUGCAUGUGCCACGCGAUCAAGAGGCUAUUUUACGAGCAAGGGGUGAGCCCUAUGGUUCACGAGCUCGAUGAGGACUCGAGAGGGAGGGAGAUGGAGUGGGCUCUCAUGAGGCUAGGGUGCAACCCUGCCGUCCCGGCCGUGUUCAUCGGCGGUAGGUUUGUAGGCUCCGCCAACAAUGUCAUGACCCUUCAACUCAAUGGCUCACUCAAGAAAAUGCUCAAAGAUGCCGGUGCUAUUUGGCUCUAAAAAGGACUAUAGAGCCCUCAAAUUUUGUUUCUUUUUUUUUCUUUCAAAUAAGGCCUACUCAAUUGUACCAAAUAUAACGUUUGGUGAGUAUAAUUGUUCACCCUCAUGAUAUGGGGAUGAACAAAUAUAUGUUCGCGUUUGAUAUUAUGCUCUAAUGGGAAUGUUGUUUGGAAAUGCUCUAUAGAGAUUACGGGAAUUAAUUAUAAA